GCGAGCGGAUCCCGGGCAGCGGGCCGCAGCAGGGACGGGAGGGGGAAGCCGGCCGGGCGCGCGCUGUAGCUGGCUAGCAGGGCGGAGGGGGAGGGGCGGGAGGCGCGAGGCGGGCGCCGUGACUGCGGGAGCGUGGGCCGCGGCGCUGUGCGGCUCUGCGACCGGCUGCCUUCCCCGACGUUUGUCCCGGCCGCGGCGAGGGCAGUGUGUGGCGGCGGCGGCGUCGGCCCCCGCGAGAGGCCCGAAGAAGCGGCUGGGCCCGGGCAUGGUGGCCUGGGGUGGCGCGGAAGGUCCUUUGAGGUCAGUCGGUACCAAUUCGUGUAUCUUGUCAUGAAACUUUACUCCUUUUUAUGAAGCUCCACCAUGAGGCGAGGUGGAUGGAGGAAGCGAGCUGAAAAUGAUGGCUGGGAAAAAUGGGGUGGGUACAUGGCUGCCAAAGUCCAGAAGCUGGAGGAACAGUUCCGGUCAGAUGCUGCUAAGCAGAAGAAGGAUGGGACACCAUCUGCAAUAUUUAGUGGAGUUGCCAUCUAUGUCAAUGGAUACACAGAUCCUUCUGCUGAGGAAUUGAGAAAUCUAAUGAUGUUGCAUGGAGGUCAAUACCAUGUAUAUUAUUCUAGAUCCAAAACAACACACAUUAUUGCUACAAACCUUCCUAAUGCCAAAAUUAAAGAAUUAAAGGGGGAAAAAGUAAUUCGACCAGAAUGGAUUGUGGAAAGCAUCAAGGCUGGGAGACUCUUGUCCUACAUUCCAUAUCAGCUAUACAGCAAGCCAUCCAGUGCACAAAAGAGUCUCAACUUCAGUUCUGUUUGCAAGCCUGAGGAACCAGUGCCGGGUCCAAGCAAUAUAGCCAAACAUCUCAACAACAGGGUAAAUCACAUAAUUAAGAAGAUUGAGACAGAAAAUGAAGUGAAAGCAAAUGGACUGAACAGUUGGAAUGAAGAAGAUGCAGAUGAUGGUUUUAGUUUUGUGGAUCUGGAACAGACAUUUUCAGGAAGGAAACAAAAUGGAAUAUCGCAUCCCAGAGACACCUCUGCCAUUUUUAAUGGACAUGCUCAUAGCUCUAAUGGUGCCUUAAAGACACAGGAUAGCUUGGUGCCUGUGGGCAAUAGUGUUGCUAGCAGGCUUUCUUUAGAUUCUGCCCAGGAGGAGAAGAGGGCAGAGAAGAACAGCACCGACUUCAGAGACUGUACAGUACAGCAGUUGCAGCAGAGCACCAGAAAUACAGAUGCUUUGCGGAGUCCACACAGAACUAAUUCCCUCUCACCUUCUUUGCACAGUAACACUAAAGUCAAUGGUGCUCACCACUCCACUGUUCAGGGGCCUUCAAGCACAAAAAGCACUUCUUCUGUUCUGACUCUUAGUAAGGUAGCGCCUUCAGUGCCAUCGAAACCAUCAGACUGCAAUUUUAUCUCAGAUUUCUAUUCUCGUUCAAGACUGCAUCACAUCUCAACAUGGAAGUGUGAAUUGACUGAGUUUGUCAAUACCCUACAAAGACAAAGUAGUGGUACCUUUCCAGGAAGGGAAAAGUUAAAAAAAAUGAAAACAGGCAGGUCUUCCCUUGUUGUAACUGACACAGGCAAUAUGUCAGUAUUGAGCUCACCCAGACAUCAGAGCUGUGUAAUGCAUGUUGAUAUGGAUUGCUUCUUUGUGUCAGUGGGUAUACGAAAUAGACCAGAUCUCAAAGGAAAACCAGUGGCUGUUACCAGUAACAGAGGCACAGGAAGGGCGCCUUUACGUCCUGGUGCUAACCCCCAGCUGGAGUGGCAAUAUUACCAGAAUAAAAUCAUGAAAGGAAAAGCAGCAGAUAUACCAGAUUCAUCAGUAUGGGAGAAUCCAGAAUCUACACAAACAAAUGGAAUUGAUUCUGUUUUAUCAAAAGCUGAAAUUGCUUCUUGUAGUUAUGAAGCCAGACAAUUUGGCAUUAAGAACGGAAUGUUUUUUGGGCAUGCUAAACAGUUAUGUCCUAAUCUGCAAGCUGUUCCAUAUGAUUUUCAUGCAUACAAGGAAGUUGCCCAAGCAAUGUAUGAAACAUUGGCAAGCUACACACACAGCAUUGAAGCUGUCAGUUGUGAUGAAGCCUUACUGGACAUUACUGACAUCCUUGCAGAGACUAAACUUACUCCUGAUGAAUUUGCAACUGCCCUCCGAAUGGAAAUCAAAGACAAGACUAAAUGUGCUGCCUCUGUUGGAAUUGGUUCUAAUAUACUUCUUGCUAGAAUGGCAACUAGAAAAGCAAAGCCAGAUGGGCAGUACCACCUGCAACCAGACGAAGUAGAUGAUUUCAUCAGAGGUCAGCUCGUUACUAACCUACCAGGAGUUGGACGUUCAAUGGAAUCUAAGCUAGCAUCUUUGGGAAUUAAAACUUGUGGAGAUUUGCAGUGUAUGGCUAUGGCAAAACUCCAGAAAGAAUUUGGCCCCAAAACAGGUCAGAUGCUAUAUAGGUUCUGCCGUGGUCUGGAUGAUAGGCCUGUCAGAACUGAGAAGGAAAGGAAGUCUGUGUCAGCUGAGAUCAACUACGGAAUAAGAUUCACCCAGCCAAAAGAAGCAGAAGCUUUCCUUCUGAGUCUUUCAGAAGAAAUUCAAAGACGACUUGAAGCUGCUGGCAUGAAGGGCAAACGUCUUACUUUGAAAAUCAUGGUACGGAAGCCAGGGGCCCCUGUAGAGACUGCAAAAUUUGGAGGCCAUGGAAUUUGUGAUAACAUUGCCAGGACUGUAACUCUGGACCAGGCAACAGAUAGUGCAAAAGUAAUUGGAAAGGCUAUUCUCAACAUGUUUCAUACGAUGAAGCUAAAUAUAUCAGAUAUGAGAGGGGUUGGUAUUCAAGUGAAUCAGUUGGUCCCUACUAAUCCAAAUUCUUCCACAUGUUCAAGUCGCCCAUCAGUUCAGUCAAGCCUCUUCCCUGGUCUAUCACAUUCUGUCCAUGAUCUCUUCCAAGUUCAGAAAGCUAAGAAAUCCACAGAAGAGGAACAUAAGGAAGUAUUUCUGGCUGCUGUGGAUCUGGAAGUAUCCUCUGCUUCUAGAGCUUGUACUUUGUUGUCACCCUUUUCUACACAUCUGGCAGCCACUGUCAGUACUGACACUAACAGAGGCGAGUGUUCAAGGAAAUGGAAUGGCCUGCAUUCUCCUGUCAGUGGACAGUCGAGACUUAAUCUGAGUAUAGAGGUUCCAUCACCAUCCCAGAUUGAUCAGUCUGUUUUAGAAGCACUACCACCUGAUCUCCGGGAACAAAUACAACAAGUUUAUGCUGCUCAACAAGGAGAGCCACGUAGUACUAAGAAGAAAGAACCAGUAAAUGGUUGCAGUUCAGGAGUGUUGCCACAUCCUGUUGGCACAGUUCUGUUACAAAUACCAGAGUCUCAAGAAUCUAAUAGUAACACCGGAAUCAACGUCAUAGCCCUUCCAGCAUUUUCUCAAGUGGACCCUGAUGUCUUUGCUGCUCUUCCAGCUGAGCUUCAAAAAGAGCUGAAAGCAGCAUAUGAUCAAAUACAAAGGCAGGGAGAGGACACCGCUCAUCAACAGACAGCAAUUACACCUGUGCCGAAGAAUCCUUUACUUCAGCUAAAGCCACCAUCAGGGAAAGACAAGCGAAACAAGAAGAAGAACCCCAGUGCUUCUCCCAGAAAGAUUCAGAGUCCUUUGAAAAAUAAGCUGCUUAGCAGUCCUGUAAAAUCUCUGCCAGGGGCCUGUGGGAGCCCCCAGAAGUUAAUGGAUGGUUUUCUAAAACAUGAAGGAAUAGCUGCCGAGAAACCCCUGGAAGAAUUCUUAGUUUCCACCUCUGGUGUGCAGAACUCAUCUAAUUUGCAGCCCAACCAGACCAACUGUGUUAGACCUGCAGCACCCAACUUAGCUGGAGCUGUUGAGUUCGGUGAUGUGAAGACCUUGCUCAAAGAAUGGAUAACUACUAUCUCAGAUCCAAUGGAAGAAGAUAUCCUGCAAGUUGUGAAAUACUGUACUGACCUUAUAGAGGAAAAAGAUUUGGAAAAAUUAGAUCUAGUUAUAAAAUACAUGAAAAGGCUGAUGCAGCAGUCGGUGGAGUCAGUUUGGAACAUGGCGUUCGACUUUAUUCUUGACAAUGUUCAGGUGGUUUUACAACAGACUUACGGAAGCACACUGAAGGUUACCUAAAUGUUCCAGAGAGCCUGGUGCUCUCUGCUAGCUGUACCAGCAGUGAUGACGUGAGGUAUUUGCAAAGUGCAUGAUAGUGAUGCUCUGAGUUUUUUAUAAUUUUAAAUUUCUUUUUAAGCAAGUGUUUUGUACAUUUCUUUUCAGAAAGUGCCAAAUUUGUCAGUAUUGCAUGUAAAUAAUUGUGUUAAUUCUUUUACUUGUAGCAUAGAUUCUAUUUACAAAACGUUUGUUUAUAAAGUUUUAUGGAUUUUUACAGUGAAGUGUUUACAGUUGUUUAAAUAAAGAACUGUAUGUAUAUUU